UUGCGCCGCUUUGGGUCUGCAUCGUUUCGUUAGUCGGUGCGGUUAAUCUGACAAAUGAGAGUAAUCAAUUGCUCAAUUUUCAGGAGAUACCUGGGCUGGAUCCUCCUUGUCCGGCGCGCAUGCGAAUGAGAAGGCUUCCCGGUGGGAGAUUUGAAGUUUCUUUAAAAUAUGAUCAUCAACAUGGAAGAGUAAUUUACUUCUUUGUUCAUGCACUUAGUGAAUUUAAAAUUAUUCGCAUUGAUCUAAAACAUUUAAUCCAAGUAAUCCGAGUCUUGAUGAAGAUGAUGAUUUGGAUGAUGAUAAUCCAGGCCAAAAUAGACGUAAUGUUUUUGGAAGAGCGAGAGGAGGACGAAGAGGAUUGGGUGGACGUGGAGGGAGGCCAACUAGGCGUCUGA